AUGAUCUGGACUUUCCAAGAGAACGACAGUGUUAAUACAAAUGAAGUGAACCUAGCUGGUUUUAAGCAAACAGGGAAUUUUCACAAAGAUGUGGAAGCCAUCUGUAAACUAAUGAACAUCCAAGUGCAUCCUGCACUGAGACCUGUUCUAUGGGAGGUCGAAAAGCCAGAAUUUAACCUUGAAGAGGAAGAUGCAAAAGAGCCAGAAGUCAAACCUGUUACUGUCGUUAAGUUUGAAAGACACAGGAUUGACAAGAACACUAUGAAGGCAUUCUUCCACUUGAUCCCACAAUCAGUGGUGAGAACUGUAAAAUUCUCAAACAAUGGGAUUACGCCGUCACAGUUUGACAAAAUAUUGGAUCAUCUUUACCAAACUCCAGCUCUAUCUACAGUGUUUUUCGACUGGAACCCUUUGUAUAAGGAAGACUUCAGAACUCUAGUUGAUGCCAAUGAUUACCGCUAUGAGCGCCCAGAAGACGAGCCAUCCAGGUUUGCAAAGUUUGUGUCCCAGGAAUCAAGAAUAAAGAUCCUCUUUCUCAGAGGAAAUGAACUUGACGAUGAAGAUGUAAAUCAAAUAUGCGAAAAUCUUAAAGAGACUCAUCCUCUUAAGGUCCUGGAUAUUAGUUAUAACAAGAUCACAGCUACCUCUGUAGAGACCUUGAGAGAUUUGAUUACUUCAUAUAACAAGAACUUAGAGUUCAUUGGCUUAGCCAAGAAUAACCUCUCAUUCGAAGACUUGGAACCCCUUCUAGGUGCUAUUGGUAAGAAGCCCUUCCCAGAAGAUGAGGCUGAUGCCCACGUCAAGAAGAUGAAAGACCGAGACGCUAUUGUUGAGAAGAACAAGAAGCUCAAAGCUUCUAAGAAACCAGAAGAACCUGUGCCUAUACUAGAUGAUAUCGAGCAGCAAGAUGACGGAACAUGGAUGUUAGUCCAGAACGGUCAACUAAGGCAUCUAAACCUUUGUAUGAACCUACUUGACGAUAGUCAUAAAGAUGAAAUCCUUGCCCUGCUUAAGCGUACACCUGAAGAAUUCUCUAUAACUCUCAGUGGAACAGGAUUUUCCAAAGCCGUGAUUGAAGAGAUAUGGAAGGAACUUAGCACUGAAGAAAAUCCUGAAUUAGGACAGCAAAGAUUAUUAUUUUAA